AAUUGAGAAUGGGAUAAGGCCAUUGGGUUGUUGAGUGGGCAACAGAGUCAUUUCAAAAGACACCAACCCCGAUCCGUUCCGUUCCUCUCUCAAAUACAAAUACUCCCAUUGCAAUGCCUCCACCUCCCAUCUCUCUCUUUACCAACCACAAACCCAUUUAAGUUGGUGUUGGUGACACUGAGAGUUCAAGAUCCAAUUAAAGAUGAAGGUGAUAGAGAAGAUCCAAUCUUUGCAAGAAGGGAAAGUGGUGUUUUCCUUUGAGUUCUUCCCUCCAAAGACUGAGGAUGGAGUAGACAACCUGUUCGACAGAAUGGAUCGUAUGGUUGCUCAUAACCCGUCCUUCUGUGACAUUACAUGGGGUGCAGGUGGUUCCACUGCUGAUCUCACUCUCGACAUUGCUAACAAGAUGCAGAAUAUCAUCUGUGUGGAGACGAUGAUGCACCUCACUUGCACCAAUAUGCCCGUAGAGAAGAUUGACCAUGCUCUUCAGACCAUCAAGUCCAACGGCAUUCAGAAUGUUCUUGCCCUCCGAGGUGACCCCCCUCACGGCCAGGACAAGUUUGUCCAGGUCGAAGGCGGCUUCUCCUGUGCCCUUGAUCUGGUGAAACAUAUCAGAUCUAAAUAUGGUGACUACUUUGGCAUCACAGUUGCCGGUUAUCCAGAGGCACAUCCCGAUGCCAUAGGAAAUGAUGGUGUAGCCACACCUGAAGCUUAUCAGAAUGAUCUUGCUUACUUAAAGAGAAAGGUUGAUGCAGGAGCUGAUCUGAUUGUUACUCAACUGUUUUAUGAUACUGAUAUCUUUAUCAAAUUUGUCAAUGACUGUCGCCAAAUUGGAAUUAACUGUCCUAUCGUGCCGGGUAUUAUGCCCAUUAAUAACUACAAGGGUUUCUUGCGAAUGACUGGCUUUUGCAAAACUAAGAUACCAGCUGAGAUUACUGCUGCCUUAGAGGCUAUCAAGGACAACGAAGAAGCUGUCAAAGCCUAUGGAGUUCACCUUGGAACAGAAAUGUGCCGCAAGAUUUUAGCUCAUGGGAUUAAGACAUUGCACCUUUAUACAUUAAACAUGGAGAAAUCUGCAUUAGCUAUCCUAAUGAAUCUUGGAUUGAUUGAAGAGUCCAAAAUUUCAAGGUCCUUACCUUGGAGACGCCCUGCAAAUGUUUUUCGUGUUAAAGAAGAUGUUCGUCCAAUAUUUUGGUCUAACCGUCCUAAGAGUUACAUAACCAGGACUAUUGGUUGGGAUCAGUUCCCACAUGGGCGAUGGGGUGAUUCUCGAAAUCCGUCCUAUGGUGCACUAACAGACCAUCAGUUCAUGAGGCGUCGAGCACGUGACAAGAAACUUCAAGAAGAAUGGGCUACCCCAUUGAAAAGCAUUGAUGAUAUUCAAGAGAAAUUUAAAAGUUUUUGUCUGGGUAAGUUGAGAAGUAGUCCUUGGUCCGAACUGGAUUCACUUCAGCCUGAGACAAAGAUCAUACAUGAACAGCUGGGAAAGAUCAAUUUGAAGGGUUUCCUUACUAUCAAUAGCCAACCUGCUGUCAAUGGUGAACUCUCUGAUUCUCUAUCUGUCGGUUGGGGUGGCCCUGGAGGGUAUGUUUACCAGAAGGCUUAUCUUGAGUUUUUUUGCUCAAAGGAAAAACUAGAUGCACUUGUCAAUAAAUGCAAGCCCUUGUCAUCUAUUACCUACAUUGCUGUCAACAAAAAAGGGAAUUUGAUAUCGAACAUUGGCGCGACAGAUGUUAAUGCUGUAACUUGGGGAGUGUUCCCAGCCAAAGAAAUAAUCCAGCCAACAGUGGUGGAUCCUGCCAGCUUCAUGGUGUGGAAGGAUGAAGCAUUCGAAAUCUGGUCAAGAGCAUGGGCUGCAUUGUACCCAGAAGGGGAUCUGUCGAAAAAAUUGCUAGAAGAGGUUCAGAGCAGCUAUUAUUUGGUGAGUUUGGUUGAUAAUGAUUACAUUGGUAGUGAUGUUUUUGCUGUUUUUGGAGACCUUUGAAGAUGAGAUUGCUGCCUUCGAGCCCUGAACUUACCAAAGCUCUUAAGCCCCAUAUAGUAUCAUUAUGUUUGAGUUGUCAGGUUAUUUUUUUAUAAUGAUUUCAUAAAAAAAAAAGGAGAAAUUUGUAAUAAUAAUUCCUUGGAAUUUAACCCUUCUCUUCAUCAUGCAAAUUACAAUAUAUCAAGAGAUUAUUAUUAUUAAUCCGAUACAUCAAGUUGUUAAAUGCUUA